AUGUGACUGUGUCAGUAUUGGGUGUAGCUGGUAAAAGAGCAGCAUUACCUUGCAACAUUUCACCCCCAGCUCCGGAUGAUGAUGUAGCUCUAGUAUUAUGGUAUAAAGACGAUGCCACCAAUCCCCUGUACAGUUUGGAUGCUCGAAGAGGAAAUCUCGCCCAGGCACGACACUCAGCUACUGGGGAUAUAGCUUCUCGAAUCCAUUUGAUCACCACCCCCAGGCCAGCGGUGCUUCAGAUUACUGAUCUUAGUAUUGUCGAUGAAGGAGAAUAUCGUUGCAGAGUAGAUUUUCGAAAAGCGAGAUCUAGAAAUUCUGUUAUUAUUUUAAAUGUUAUAGUUUUACCAAAAAAACCAAUAAUAAAAGACAGCAAAGGGGAAUUGCUAGAAAACCAAAUAGGGCCUUAUAAGGAGCGUGACUCGUUGUUGUUGAUAUGUGAAGUAGAAGGAGGUAAACCCCAACCGAUUGUAACAUGGUGGAGAGAAAAUGUAUUAACUGAUGACACUUACGAAGCUACUUCUAAUACUGUGGUGCGAAAUGAGCUGGAAAUACAUGCUCUUGAACGAAAAGAUUUGAUGACUACAUUUACAUGUCAGGCUACUAACAGUAAUCUUUCUACCCCUGUAAAUAGCACUGUCACUAUUGACAUGCAUUUGGUUCCUCUGGAAGUUAGUAUAGAAGACAAACGUCGUCCAUUGUCAGCAGAUAAGGCUGUGGAUUUAGUAUGUCGAGCUAAAGGAUCCCGACCCCCUGCUGUCAUCUCUUGGUGGAAAGGGAGUGUCAAACUAAAAACAACAAGGGAGAAAGUUUCCUCUCAAGACAAUGUUAGUACCAGUAUACUGACUUUUAUCCCAUCAGUGGAAGAUAGUGGCAAAUUUCUAUCCUGUAGGGCAGAGAAUCAAGCAGUGUCUGGAAGCGCACUCGAAGACGGUUGGAAAUUAGAUGUUCACUUUAUUCCUCAAUUAACGUUACGUCUCGGUAGCAAGCUUCGUCAUUCUCAUAUCCAGGAGGGAAAUGAUGUUUAUUUCGAAUGUAAUAUUCGUGCUAACCCUUGGGUUAACGAAAUCGGUUGGAAAUUUGAAAACCGUGAUCUUCACACAAAUUUAUCAGCAGGGAUAAUAGUUAGUAACCAAUCUCUUGUCCUCCAGAAGGUUCAACGUGCAAAUCGAGGUCGCUACACAUGUACAGCUACUAAUUCAGAAGGAAAAGGCGAAAGUAAUCUGCUGUUUCUAAGGAUACAAUUUUCUCCGGUAUGCAGUGCAAAUCAAAAAUACGUGUAUGGAGCCGCCAGACGUGAAGCUGUCAAGAUUACAUGUGAAGUAGAUGCUGAUCCCAGCGAAGUCACAUUCUCUUGGUCCUUCAAUAAUACGUCGGAAAAUGUAGAUCUCGUAACGUUUACCAGUGAAGGAAGCACGAGUGUGGCAACGUAUACUCCUCGAACAAUUUAUGACUACGGUACUGUUCUCUGUUUGGGAAAGAACAGUGUAGGACUUCAGAGAGAACCGUGCAUCUACACCAUUAUCCCAGCAGGCCCACCGGAUUCUCUUCAGAAUUGCUCUGUUACUAAUCAAACAGAAGAAUCUCUUCUUAUCGAAUGUAUCGCCGGAUAUGAUGGUGGAUUACCUCAAUACUUCUUUAUGGAGUUGUACGAUUCCACGCUACAAAGAAUACGAGCAAACAUGACCACAGAUACCCCUUUUUUUGUUGCACACGGCUUACAACCAGGCACUAACUUUGUGGUUCUAAUGUACGCAGCUAAUGGAAAAGGCAGAAGUCAGGCAGCAGUAUUAAGAACAAAUACUCUAUCUCCACCAGAGAGUCUAACACAAAAAGAUGAUAUUUGGCAAGUAAACAUUAGUCCUAUAAUCAUUGGAGUAAUAGCAGUUAUAGUAUGUCUUGUACUAGUCGCAGUACUCAUUAUUUUAGUGAUGAAAGCGAGGAGAAGAAAUAAUAUUCAUAAAAACCACGGGGAUUAUGGAAGUGACAAAUGUCGGACUCCACUGAGACAAGAUACGGAUGAUAAGAGAGAGCCACAGGCAUCCAUUAGAGAAAGAGAAGAUAAAUGCCCGGAUAUAAUACCCGGAAUUGCUGUUACUGAGCGAUCAUCAGACAUCGAGAAAGAAGUAAUGGGAGAUGUUUUAUGGGAAGCAACAUAUCUUCGAGAGGCAGAAAUAAAUUUGGCAGGACCGGAAUUUAGCACGAACAAACAGGUCAAUCAACGAUUUAUGUCGAUAGAAGUGCCUUCUCCUACGGCUCCAAUGUUGCCACAAAGAAAUGUUAUACAAGUGGCUCCAAUGAGUGAUUAUACACAAUCUCAGCAAGUCAAGAAAGUGCCUCCAAGUGGAACGCCUAUGCGUGGAGAGUGGACAUUACCGCGCUCUAUGCAUCACCCGAAAAACAUUCAAACUGAUGUAUGAUGUAUGAAACACGUCUGAUUUAUUUAUAACAAUCUUGACAUAAGAAAAUUAUAGCAUUCCUCGAUGGAGGAUAAAAUGUGGUGGUAAAGAAACAAACCAUGAUGGAAAAUAUUAACACCUGCAGCCUUACCACGUGUCAUAAUCUGUGAAUUGUGGAAUAUAAGUCAACAAGAUUGAUAAAUCUCCAUCCAACGCUGACGAUUGGUGAAAGAUCAUCUUUGAUAUCGAUCGAGGAUACUGAUGCGAGUGUUUUAACAUUGUUACUAUACAGUAAUUGAUUAUUUAUUAACAGAAGACAGAUCACAUUAUCUGACAUUUUCUGAAAUUGUACAGUAUAAAGCAAGCAAAGGAGAUUAAGACAAAUUCCCAACAUGAAUUUGCGAAUGAGUCGAGGAAUAUUUUAAUGAGUAUAUGUACAGGAAAUUUUUUUUAUCCUACGAAUUUCGUCAACGAUCACUUUUACGUAAUAAUGCAUUCACUAAUAUUUUAUUUUAUAACAUUUUUUUAAUUUUGAAUAGAAAAAACAUUACAAUUGAUCUUAACUGAUUUUAAUAUAUAAUAGUUUAUUAGAUUUUAUAUAAUGUAAAGCUUAUGCAUGAGUUUUAUGUUAUAUUAAAUCUUAAAAUGAUGUUGCAUCAA